AUGAAUAAGAGUUUACAAUUUUUAGAAGAAUACCUUCAUGUUGCUAUGAAGAGUAUCCCUAAUGAGGAUGAGCUUGAAAAAUUAAGGAAAACAACCGAAAAAUUCAUCGUUAAAUGCAACGUAGUGGCUAUGGAUCUUCUAACUAAACAAAAAAACAAACAAUCAUGCAAAAAUUGCCUUCAAAAAGCUAAAAACAUAAUAGACUUAUAUGGAGGCAUUGUUUUCCACGAUGAAGAUGAGAAGCGAGUUAAGUUACUCGUUUCUACACUUAAUAACUGUUCAGUUUAUUACAAAGAAUGUGGUGAUUUGGAAUCGUCACUUGAAUCUCUUCAAGAAGCUCAAAAACAUGAGAAGCACUUUAAUGCAAGUUUGGAGUUGAAUUUUUGUGCUGUCUUAUCUCAAAUGGGAAGGCAUGAAGAAGCUCUGGAGCAUGGAACGGAAGCUUUGCGACAAUUAGAAAUUUACAAAAAACUAAAUCAUAUUAAGAAUAAUAUUGCAACCUGUAAUGAAACUUUAACUGUUGCUUUUUAUAAUGUUGCUGUAGAAUAUGAACAUUUGAGUCAAACUCUUGCAGCAAUGGAUUAUUACUCAAAAGGAUUCAGUCUUUCCUUAGAAACUCUUGGAGCAGAUCACCCCACAACCAAACGGUUUAAAGAUUCUUUAGAAAAAGUGAGGACAAAGAAUUGGAUGAACAAAUCAUUUUCUUCUCCAGACGUAAAGCAAAAACAAAAAACCACUCCAUCUGACAGUACAAUACGAAAGUUUAAAACUGCCCAAGAAAUGAGGGCUUCUGGAGAAUUAAACGAUACUAGAAAUAGAAAACCUCAGUCAAGUUCUGCAACUUUUCAGAGAAAUGUAAAUAAUAGUAACAUUCCACCUACUUCAAAAUCUCUCCCAACAGUUCCUCCUCCAUCCUCGAAUCCAGGAUCAUCCAAUUCGUUUAGACGUGCCUAUAAAAAAACUUCCCCAACAACAGAAAGAGUGAUUGAAUUGACGGAAGGAAACUUAGAAAUUCAUAACAAGCUUAAUGAACUACAUCAUAAGGCAACUGAGAUUCAACGAGUAUUCAGAGGAUAUAUUACAAGAAAAAAGAUUAGACAACAAAAAACAAUUCUCUCCAGUAUGAAACCAGUUAAGGAUUUUGAUUUUCUCUAUGAUGUUUAUUUGAGUAAUAUGGACAGGAUAAAGGUUGAAAAAAGAUCUGCCCACAAGAAAGAAAAACCAAAAGAAAUUUCAAAAAAGCACGAUAUUGCUGCUAUUCUAAAACAAUUGGAACAGGUUUUAUCCAAAGAAUAA